AUGGCUUUUCAAGCCCCAGAGAGUGAAAUUGACCUGAAAAAUGUCCAACGCCAGCAAGAAGAAAAUCCUGUGCUUACCAAACUAAACAGUAUAAAGGCAAAAGGCAUUCUGAAUUAUGCAACCCACAAAGAAAAUGAACCUGAACUGCAAACCCUGACUUUCAAGCACACUACAAAGGCCCAAGAGAAGACAAGAAAGCGGCAGCAGCCUAUAAAGCUGGAGCCUCUGCCAGUGCUGAAAGUCUACCAAGAUCAUAAGCAGCCAGAAUACACAUAUGAACAGAAUCGACAACAACUAAUAAGAUCUGGGAUCCUUAAGCCAUCACCAAGCAUGAUGGAUAGGUCUUCGUUUACCAUUCAGGAGUCUCCAGAUGCUGUGAAAAGGAAGCAGGUCCAGCGAUCCUCUGCUGAAAUGUUCGCUCCUUCCCCUGCUAAAGUGCCACGCACGAGUAUUGGGAGAAGAGGGCUCUUCGGAAAGAGGUCUUCAACUUACCCUAAGUACAUCUUCCACGACCGAGAGGAAGUCGUUAAAGCCAACAUUAGAGAUCCUUUGCAAAUCAUCAAGAUCAUCCAUGAGAACGAGCAUCUCGGAUUCCUUUACAUGAUUUCUGCAGUGCCCAAGUCUUCCAUUGAAUACGAUACAUAUAAUCUAAAGGUCGUAAGUUAUGAGAACAUCAAUAAAAGUGACUACUAUACAAUUAGCAAAAAAGCAGUGACCCACGUUUACAAUGAUGACAUCGAGUUCAUCGAGAUCGAGCGAUGGGAACAGGAGUAUCUGUACCACAGAGAACUCACCAAGAUCCCCAUAUUCUCACUCUUCCGGAAAUGGAAGGCUUUCAGCGUUUGGAGGAAGAAUGUCCGCUCCAAAAAAAUCACCGGCUGUCGGAAAGCGCUACAAAAAAAUCUGUUCAUUGUUAAUCCUUAUCUGCGACCAGCUCUUCUUAAGAUUAAUGAGAUGUGCUACCAACUGAGUUUUAUGGGACUUUGUUAUAUUGAAAAAUUCCACACCUACACCCUGCAGGAGUUCAAGGCUGCGCAAAUCGUGCGACUACAGGAGGUCACAGAGCGCCUCGAUGAUUUCCGAAAUGAGGCGAAAAAUGUGGUCAGGCAGUCGUGCCGCUUCGCCUUACGUGCUGCGGGAUUUAUUCCUGAUGACUGUGUGUUCGAGCCCUAUGAGGACUACUUUAAGAUAAACAUUGCAAAUCUCGUUGAAGCACCAUUUGAUUUGCCAACUUAUGGAGAAUCUGAAAAAAUGACAUACACAGAACAGGCCAGCAAAAGACAUCACUGCACGAGGCUCACAUGCUUCAUCCGUCUGAAUGACUACCUAAUUCAGAACACCCUGCACGUCUUAACAGUAAACACUGCCAGCUCGCUUCUGAGUUUUCUCUCUGACAAACUCAAGCGAACGCCCUCAGCAGACAUUAUUCAGAAAUGGAUUACUGAAGAGAAGCCCGAAGUCACUGAGAAAAAGGGGGCUCCACUAAUGGAAAAGCAGGAAGAAGAUGAAUCUCUCAUCCCCAUGUUCCUCACGGAACUGAUUCUGACGGUGCAGUCACUACUCUUCGAGCCGUCUUUGGAAGAUUUUCUGGAUGGCAUUUCCGGGGCAAUUAAUCAUUUUCAAAACACUGUGUUGUCAGUUCCUAAUCUGGUGCCUGACUCAUACUUUGACGCCUUCACCAGCCCAUUCAUUAACAAGAAGCUGGAAGAGAAGACCUGUGGCCCCGGACCAAGCCUGUCAGCAGUGUUUGAAGAUGACAGGAAUUUACUCACCAUCAUCCUGCAAAUAAAGGAAACGAUCCACGCAGCGUUCGAAUCUGCGUGCUUGUAUGCAGCGACAUUUGAAAAGUUUCAGAUAUUCUUCAAGGAAAACGAGAGUCUUGAUCUGCAGGCACUGAAGCAGCAGGAGCCUGAUGUCAAAUUCUUCAGUACUCAGCUGGAAAAAUAUCACAAGCAACACAAGGACUCGGUAGCCCUGAGACCCACCCGAAACGUAGGCCUGCUGCUUAUUGACACCAAGCAGCUGAAAGAGAAACUAAUCCCAUCGCCGCUGCGGUGUUUGGAGGUACUAAAUGCCAUGCUUCCCCGUUUGAGCAAGAAAAAAGUGGAUGCCAUCAUCUCAGAGGCCCAAGAUGCGGAGUAUAAGCUCGAGUUUGUUCCAACCACGACCAUAGAGUACGUUAACAGCCUCGUCUUCCUUGACGAAAUCCAGGAGCGGAUCGAAAGCCUGGAGGAAGAAGGGAACAUAGUGAUUCAGAUGUACAAGCUCAUUGAGCAGUAUCAGGUGCCCACACCUCCUGAAGACUUCGCUGUUUUCGCCACUAUGAAGCCGUCCAUCACUGCCGUGCGGAACGCCAUUGACAAAUCAGUGGGUGAUCGAGAAUCAAGCAUUAAACAGUUUUGUCUGCACUUGGGUCGAGAUCUUGAAGAGCUCAACAACGAAGUAAACGAAGUCAAGCUGCUAGCACAGGACCCACAGAUCUUGGAUAUUUCUGCUGACCAGGAGAAAAUAAAGUUGAUGCUGAGUGAUCUGCAGUCCAUCCUGGAUGACCUUCAGAGACGUGCCUUUCAGUAUAAAUCCUACCAGAAGAAUUUCAAGGUGGAAGUAUCCAAAUUUGAUGCUUUGGAAGAAGUGAGUGCCGAGCUGAAGCUCAAGCAGCUGCUCUGGGACUCCCUGUCCGAGUGGGACAAACUCCAGCAGGAAUGGCUGAAGUCCAAAUUUGACUGCUUGGAUCCAGAAGCCCUAAACAGUCAAGUUACUAAAUACGCUAAAUUUGUGACGCAAUUGGAGAAGGGUUUGCCGCCCAACAAUGUGGUGCCCCAGCUCAAAUAUAAGGUGGAGAGGAUGAAAGAAAAGCUCCCUGUGAUCAUUGACUUGAGGAACCCAACACUGAAGGCGCGACACUGGGCAGCCAUUGAGCAAACUGUCGAUGCCCAGCUAGUGGAUGUUGAAAUUCCGCUGACCCUGGAGAGGCUGUCCGAACUACGUGUCUUUGAAUUUGGUCAAGAAAUCCAGGACAUAUCUGGACAGGCUUCUGGGGAAGCUGCCUUAGAGACAAUUCUUAAGAAGGUGGAAGAUUCUUGGAAAACAACUGAAUUUGUCAUUCUUCCUCACCGUGACUCUAAGGACGUAUUUAUCCUGGGUGGUACAGAUGACAUACAGGUCCUUCUUGAUGACAGCACCAUCAACAUUGCAACCAUCGCCUCAUCGCGGUACGUGGGCCCCCUGAAGUCUCGCGUGGAUGACUGGCAGAAACAACUUGCCUUAUUUAAUCAAACACUGGAAGAGUGGCUGAACUGUCAGAGAAACUGGCUCUACCUCGAAAGCAUCUUUAAUGCCCCAGAUAUUCAGAGGCAGCUGCCUGCGGAAGCCAAGAUGUUCCUUCAGGUGGAUAAGUCAUGGAAGGAAAUCAUGAGGAAGGUGAACCGGCUGCCUAAUGCGCUCCGAGCUGCUACUCAGCCAGGGCUUCUGGAGACUUUUCAAAACAAUAAUGCAUUGCUUGACCAAAUUCAGAAGUGUCUGGAGGCAUAUUUAGAGUCGAAGAGAGUUAUCUUUCCAAGGUUUUACUUCCUGUCAAAUGAUGAGCUCCUAGAGAUUUUGGCCCAGACACGAAAUCCACAAGCUGUGCAGCCUCAUCUAAGGAAAUGCUUCGACUCCAUUUCAAAGCUCGAGUUUGCACUCAUGCCUCCUACAGAAGGGAAAAUUCCUGGCAUCGAAACUGAGCCAGAAAGGGUCUUCACCAAUGAUAUUUUGGCAAUGCUGUCGCCUGAGGGAGAGAGGGUCAGCCUGGGGAAGGGCCUCAAGGCGAGAGGCAAUGUGGAAGAAUGGCUCGGCAAGGUGGAGGAAGCCAUGUUCACAGCCCUCCGCCGUCUGUGCAAGGCUGCCAUCGCUGACUACCAGGGGAAGCCCAGGACAGAGUGGGUGACUGCUGGCCACCCUUCCCAAGUGAUCCUGACCAUUUCUCAGAUCAUGUGGUGCCGGGAUCUGACCGAGGGUCUAGAAUCUGAAGGGAGUCACUUAGAGGCCCUGGAAGAGUUUGAAAAAGUCAAUUUUGAGAGAUUAAACGCCCUGGCUGCACUAGUUCGAGGUUCUCUUCCUAGGUUGCACAGAAACAUCAUAACUGCAUUGAUUACCAUUGAUGUGCAUGCAAGAGAUAUAGUUACUGAGCUGGUUCAAACCAAGGUAGACACAGCCGACUCCUUUGACUGGCAGAGACAACUGCGCUAUUAUUGGGAUGUAGACCUGGAUAAUUGUGUGGCUAGAAUGGCGCUCUCCCAGUACACCUAUGGCUACGAGUAUUUAGGAGCAUGCCCAAGACUGGUCAUCACUCCUCUCACAGAUCGUUGCUAUCUUUGCCUUAUGGGGGCUUUGCAGCUUGAUCUUGGAGGCGCACCUGCCGGGCCUGCUGGCACUGGGAAAACAGAGACCACCAAGGACCUAGCAAAAGCCCUCGCCAUCCAGUGUGUGGUCUUCAACUGCUCUGAUGGUUUGGACUACAAGAUGAUGGGGCGCUUCUUCAGUGGCUUGGCGCAGUCGGGGGCCUGGUGCUGCUUCGACGAAUUCAACCGAAUUGACAUUGAGGUCUUGUCGGUCAUUGCCCAGCAACUCAUCACCAUCAGGAAUGCCAAGGCUGCCAAGCUGUCCAGAUUCAUGUUUGAGGGCCGGGAAAUCAAGCUCGUCAUGACCUGUGCCGCUUUCAUCACCAUGAACCCCGGCUACGCUGGCAGAACGGAACUGCCGGACAACCUGAAAGCCCUGUUCAGACCGUUCGCCAUGAUGGUUCCCAAUUACGCGCUGAUCGCAGAGGUAAUUCUGUAUUCGGAAGGCUUUGAAUCCAGUAAGAUACUAGCAAGAAAGAUGACGCAGAUGUACAAGCUCUGCAGUGAGCAGUUGUCCCAGCAGGAUCACUAUGACUUCGGCAUGAGAGCAGUCAAGUCCGUACUGGUCAUGGCUGGAUCUCUAAAAAGAGAGAACCCAGACCUAAGUGAAGAUGUAGUCCUCAUCAGAGCUCUACGCGACUCCAACUUGCCGAAAUUCUUAACAGAUGAUGCUCUCCUGUUCAGUGGGAUCAUAUCUGAUCUUUUUCCUGGAGUCCAAAUCCCGGAACACGACUAUGGCAUUCUGCAGUCGACAAUCGUGGACGUCAUGAUUGGACAAAACCUUCAGCCGGAGUUGUGUAUGGUCAAGAAGGUGAUACAGUUGUACGAAACUAUGCUGGUGAGGCACGGCGUUAUGUUAGUCGGACCGACAGGAGGGGGCAAGACCACAGUUUAUCAAGUAUUAGCAGAAACUUUAGGGAAUCUGGAAAAGCUCAACACAGGCAACUCUUUCUAUCAGCCUGUAAAAACCUACGUUCUUAACCCGAAAUCGAUCACUAUGGGUGAGUUGUAUGGGGAGGUCAAUAACAUAACCUUGGAAUGGAAGGAUGGUUUGAUGGCACUCAGCGUCCGAGCAGCCGUGAACGAUACUUCCGAAGAUCAUAAAUGGAUAAUCAGUGAUGGACCGGUGGAUGCUCUCUGGAUUGAAAAUAUGAACACAGUGUUGGACGACAACAAGAUGCUGUGCCUGGCUAACAGCGAAAGGAUUAAACUCACUCCUCAGAUCCACAUGCUUUUUGAGGUACAAGAUCUCAGAGUGGCCUCUCCUGCGACUGUCAGCAGAUGUGGAAUGGUGUUUGUGGAUCCGGAAGAACUCAAGUGGAUGCCUUAUGUUAAAACAUGGAUGGACAAAAUGUCCAAAAGACUGAAUGAAGAAACCCAAGAAUAUUUACUGAACCUUUUCAGUCGUUAUGUUGAGGAAGGGUUACAAUUCAUCAACAAAAAAUGCAGCCAAGCCAUCCCGCAGGUGGACAUCAGCAAAGUGACCACACUCUGCUGCCUACUGGAGUCUUUGCUGCUUGCCAAAGAUGGAAGUAUCCUGUCAAUGGAGCAAAUGAAGCUGAACACGUUACUGUGCCAGACUUUCGUGUUCUGUUAUUUGUGGUCUCUGGGCGGAAACUUAACUGAAAAUUACUGGGAUUCUUUCGAUACAUUUAUUAGAACACAAUUUGAUGAUAAUCCUGACGCGAGGCUGCCCAGUUCUGGAGAUCUGUGGAGCAUUCAUGUAGACUUUGACACCAAACGCUUGGACCCCUGGGAACGUAUCAUACCCACCUUCAAGUACAGCAAGGAUGUCCCAUUCUUUGAGAUGCUCGUCCCUACAACAGACACAGUGCGCUAUGGCUAUCUAAUGGAAAAGCUGCUGGCAGUCAAGCAUUCGGUGUUGUUUACCGGAACAACUGGAGUUGGCAAGUCUGUUAUUGCAAAAGGAUUGCUGAACAGAAUUCAAGAAUCAGCAGGCUAUGUCCCUGUUUACCUGAAUUUUUCUGCCCAAACGUCCUCUGCAAGGACACAAGAGAUCAUUGAGUCAAAACUGGAAAGAAAAAGAAAAAAUAUUCUAGGAGCGCCAGGAAAUAAGCGUGUUGUGAUUUUUGUUGAUGAUCUGAAUAUGCCCCGACUGGAUCGCUAUGGCUCCCAACCACCAAUUGAAUUGCUUCGGCAGUAUCAAGAUUUUGGUGGAUUUUAUGAUAGAAACAAACUCUUUUGGAAAGAAAUACAGGACGUAACAAUCGUAUCAGCAUGUGCACCUCCAGGAGGGGGCCGCAACCCUGUGACACCCCGCUUCAUCCGACACUUCAGCAUGAUGUGCCUCCCAAUGCCCUCAGAGCACAGUCUAAAGCAGAUUUUCCAGGCCAUCUUGAAUGGCUUCCUGAAUGACUUCCCACCAGCUGUAAGGCAAACUUCAUCGAACAUUGUGGAAGCUGCAGUUGAGAUUUACAACAGGAUGAGCAUCGAUCUCCUACCAACCCCAGCCAAGUCCCAUUACGUCUUUAACCUGAGAGAUUUAUCCAAGUGUGUGCAAGGUAUUCUCCAAUGUGAUCCAGGAACAAUAAGAGAAGAAAUUCAGAUAUUUAGACUGUUUUGCCAUGAAUGUCAACGAGUGUUCCAUGAUCGAUUGAUCAAUAAUGAAGACAAACACUACUUCCAUGUUAUUUUGACAGAAAUGGCCAACAAGCACUUUGGAAUAGCAAUUGACCUGGGAUAUUUUUUAAGCAAGCCUAUCAUCUUUGGUGAUUUCAUUAAGUUUGGAGCAGAUAAGUCUGACCGCAUCUACGAUGAUUUGCCUGACAUGGAGAAAAUUGGGAAUGUCCUGCAGGACUAUCUUGAUGACUAUAACCUCACAAACCCUAAGGAAGUAAAGCUGGUGUUCUUCCAGGAUGCCAUAGAGCACGUGUCAAGGAUUGCACGGAUGAUCCGCCAAGAAAGAGGCAACGCCCUGCUGGUCGGGGUAGGAGGCACAGGAAAGCAGUCCCUCACAAGACUCGCAGCUCACAUAUGUGGUUACAAGUGCCUGCAGAUUGAACUUAGCCGAGGGUAUAAUUAUGACAGUUUCCAUGAAGACCUGAGGAAGUUGUACAAGAUGGCUGGUGUGGAAGACAAAAAUAUGGUUUUCCUUUUCACAGAUACCCAGAUCGUUGUAGAAGAGUUCCUUGAAGACAUAAAUAACAUUCUAAAUUCGGGAGAAGUGCCUAAUUUAUUCGAAAAGGAUGAGCUGGAGCAGGUUUUAGCAGCCACCCGACCAAAAGCAAAGGAAGUUGGCAUUUCUGAGGGGAACAGAGAUGAGGUGUUUCAGUAUUUCAUCAGCAGAGUGCGGCAGAAACUGCACAUUGUUCUCUGCAUGAGUCCCGUUGGCGAGGCCUUCAGGUCCCGGUGCCGGAUGUUUCCAUCCCUGGUGAACUGCUGCACCAUCGACUGGUUUGUCCAGUGGCCCAGAGAAGCACUUCUGUCCGUAUCAAAGACCUUUUUCUCAGCUGUCGACACUGGAAGUGACGAUCUAAAAGAAAAGCUUUCCCUCAUGUGUGUGAACGUGCACCUGAGUGUCUCCCAGAUGGCGGAACGCUACUAUAGUGAGCUGCGCAGGCGCUACUACACCACGCCUACCUCCUACCUGGAGCUCAUCAACCUCUACCUGAUCAUGCUCACUGAGAAAAGGAAGCAGUUAGUUUCAGCACGAGAUCGUGUGAAGAAUGGUCUCACCAAGCUAUUAGAAACAAACGUAUUAGUGGAUAAAAUGAAAUUAGACCUUUCGGCUUUAGAACCUGUGCUACUACAGAAAUCACAAGACGUUGAAGCCCUGAUGGAAAAACUGGUGUUGGAUCAAGAAAAUGCUGAUCAGGUCCGAAGUGUUGUGCAAGAAGAUGAAGCAAUAGCAAAAGUGAAAGCCGAAGAGACUCAAGCAAUAGCAGAUGAUGCCCAGAGAGACCUUGAGGAAGCACUCCCUGCCCUAGACGCUGCCAAUAAAGCACUGGAUUCCUUAGAUAAAGCAGAUAUAUCUGAAAUCAGAGUCUUCACAAAGCCCCCUGAUUUGGUCAUGACUGUGAUGGAAGCCAUCUCCAUCCUCUUAAAUGCCAAGCCCGACUGGCCAACAGCAAAGCAACUUCUUGGUGACUCUAACUUCCUGAGGAGGCUUCUAGAAUACGAUAAGGAAAACAUAAAACCUCAGAUAUUGGCAAAGCUUCAAAGGUACAUCAACAAUCCUGACUUUGUGCCCGAGAAGGUGGAAAAGGUGUCCAAAGCCUGUAAAUCCAUGUGCAUGUGGGUGAGAGCCAUGGAUCUGUACUCUCGGGUAGUCAAGGAAGUCGAACCAAAGAGACAAAAACUCAGAGCUGCCCAGGCCGAACUUGACAUUACAAUGGCUACUCUGAGAGAGAAGCAAGCAUUGCUGAAACAAGUGGAAGAUCAAAUAAAGACUUUGCAAGACGAGUACGACAAAGGCGUGAAUGAGAAAGAAAGUCUGGCAAAGAACAUGGCCCUGACCAAAGCACGCCUGGUACGUGCAGGAAAGCUGACGGCUGCCUUAGGAGAUGAACAGGUCCGGUGGGAAGAAAGCAUUGAGAAGUUCCAGGAGGAGAUAGCGAACAUCGUUGGCAAUGUGUUUAUAGCAGCGGCCUGCGUGGCUUAUUAUGGGGCUUUCACAGCCCAGUACAGGCAGUUGCUUAUAGAGUGCUGGAUUGAGUCCUGCCUGGUCCUGGACAUUCCAAUUGACCCCUCCUUCAGUCUCAUUAACAUUCUCGGAGAUCCCUACGAAAUCCGGCAGUGGAACACAGACGGGCUGCCCAGAGACUUGAUAUCCACUGAGAAUGGCAUUUUGGUUACUCAGGGGAGAAGGUGGCCUUUGAUGAUUGAUCCCCAAGAUCAGGCCAACCGCUGGAUAAGAAACAAGGAGAGCAAGAGCGGGCUAAAGGUCAUUAAGCUUACAGACAACAAUUUCUUACGGAUACUAGAAAAUUCUAUCCGGCUGGGUUUGCCUGUCUUGCUGGAAGAGCUCAGAGAAGUCCUGGAUCCAGCCCUGGAACCCAUUCUUUUAAAACAAACUUUCAUUAGUGGCGGAAGACUACUCAUCCGCCUCGGAGAUUCAGACAUCGAUUACGACAAGAGUUUCAGGUUCUAUAUGACAACGAAAAUGCCGAACCCACACUACCUGCCUGAGGUGUGCAUCAAAGUCACCAUCAUCAAUUUCACUGUAACUAAAUCAGGUCUGGAGGAUCAGCUGCUAAGUGAUGUGGUGCGGCUUGAAAAACCUGAGUUGGAGGAACAGCGAAUCAAGCUCAUUGUGAGGAUCAAUAGUGACAAAAACCAGCUGAAAUCCAUUGAAGACAAAAUCCUGAAAUUGCUCUUUACGUCUGAAGGGAAUAUUCUGGAUAACGAAGAACUCAUUGAUACGCUGCAGGACUCAAAGAUCACUUCGGGUGCCAUUAAAACCAGGCUGAAGGAGGCAGAGUCCACGGAGCUGAUGAUCAACAUAGCUCGAGAGAAAUACCGCCCAGUGGCCACACAGGGCUCCGUGAUGUACUUCGUCAUCGCUAGCCUCUCGGAAAUCGAUCCCAUGUAUCAGUAUUCACUCAAGUAUUUUAAACAGCUGUUCAACACAACGAUCGAAACUUCCGAGAAGGCCGACGAUCUGCAGUACCGCCUGAACAUCCUCCUGCAGCAGACCCUGCUCACUGCAUACACCAAUGUUUCCCGGGGGCUUUUCGAGCAGCACAAGCUCAUCUACAGCUUCAUGCUCUGCGUUGAGAUCAUGCGCCAGCAAGGGCAGCUGAAUGAGGCUGAGUGGAAUUUCUUCCUCCGCGGCGCUGCAGGAAUGGAUAAGGAGCGCCCUCCUAAGCCGGAAGCUUCCUGGCUGCCUCUUCACAUGUGGUUCUCCUGCUGUGACUUAGAAGAAACAUUUCCAGUGUUCGAAGGACUUACGAAAAAUAUCCUGCUACAUCCCAUUUCUGUGCGCGUAGGAUCUUUUGAGACAUAUAUUAACCCACAGAAUUGGGAAGGCUAUGUUAAAUCAAAACAGGAAGAGGGAAAGGACCGGAUUUGGGGUUCAGACUUCAGCUCUUUCCAUAAGCUAAUUCUUAUUAAAUGCUGCAAAGAAGAAAAGGUCGUUUUUGCUCUUACAGACUUUGUGAUAGAGAAUCUUGGCAAGCAGUUUAUCGAGACACCUCCAGUAGACCUGGCCACUCUCUAUCAGGACAUGUCAAGCAGCACACCGCUGGUGUUCAUCUUGAGCACAGGCUCUGAUCCCAUGGGCGCCUUUCAAAGGUUUGCCCGGGAGAGUGGGUAUGCAGAACGAGUGCAGUCAAUUUCCCUGGGCCAGGGACAAGGCCCCAUUGCCGAGAAGAUGAUCAAGGAUGCAAUGAAGACUGGAAACUGGGUGUUCCUGCAGAACUGCCAUCUUGCUGUUUCCUGGAUGCUGGCAAUGGAAGAGCUGAUCAAAACCUUCACAGAUCCAAGUCAGGCCAUCAAGGAGACGUUCCGACUUUUUCUAAGCUCCAUGCCUAGUCCCACAUUUCCUGUGACAGUCCUUCAGAACUCCGUCAAGGUAACCAAUGAGCCUCCAAAGGGCUUACGUGCAAAUAUCAGAAGAGCCUUUACUGAGAUGACACCUUCAUUUUUUGAAGAAAAUAUACUUGGAAGAAAAUGGAGACAACUAAUAUUUGGCAUUUGUUUCUUCCAUGCAAUUAUUCAGGAGAGAAAGAAGUUUGGCCCCCUUGGCUGGAAUAUCUGCUAUGAAUUUAAUGACAGUGAUAGAGAAUGUGCCUUACUGAACCUCAACCUUUACUGCCAUGAAGGGAAGAUCCCCUGGGAUGCACUAAUUUACAUUACCGGUGAAAUCACCUAUGGUGGGAGAGUGACCGACACCUGGGAUCAGAGAUGUCUUCGAACUGUCUUGAAAAGAUUUUUCUCUCCUGAGACACUGAACGCUGAUUAUAAGUACUCAGAAUCAGGCAUCUAUUUUUCCCCCUUGGCUGACAGUCUCCAAGAGUUUAAGGACUACAUUGAAGAUCUACCUUUGAUAGAUGAUCCAGAAAUUUUUGGAAUGCAUGAAAAUGCCAACCUAGUUUUUCAGUACAAGGAGACCAACACCCUCAUCAACACCAUCCUUGAGGUUCAGCCAAGAUCCUUCUCGGGUGGCGAGGGGAAGAGCAAUGAUGAAAUCGUCCAGGAGCUUGUUGCUUCAAUCCGGACCAGAGUUCCAGAAGUCCUGCAAAUGGAGGGAGCUUCCGAGAGCCUUUUUGUCAAGGACGCUCAAGGCCGCCUGGACUCUCUGACCACCGUCCUUGGCCAGGAAGUGGACCGGUUCAACAACCUGCUGAAGUUGAUACAUAUUUCUCUAGAAACACUCAACAAAGCCAUUGCUGGACUUGUGGUGAUGUCCGAAGAAAUGGAAAAAGUGUACCAGAGUUUCCUCAACAACCAGGUUCCCUCUCUUUGGUCUAACACAGCCUACCCAUCGCUGAAGCCGCUGGGAUCGUGGGUCAAAGACCUUAUUCUGAGGACUGCAUUCGUGGAUCUGUGGCUCAAAAGAGGACGGCCCAAGUCCUUCUGGAUUUCCGGGUUCUUCUUUCCUCAAGGAUUCCUCACAGGAACUCUUCAGAACCAUGCUCGAAAAUAUAAUUUGCCUAUAGAUGAACUGAGUUUCAAGUAUAACAUGAUUCCAGUCUACCGAAAUCAAGCCUCAGUGAUAGAAGCUGCCAAGGACAUUCAGUUUGGAGAACAACUGCCCAUGGACCUGCAGCUGCCCUCUCCUGAAGAUGGAGUUCUUGUUCAUGGGAUGUUCAUGGAUGCUUCUCGGUGGGAUGAUCAAGAGAUGGUCAUAGAGGACGCACUGCCAGGACAGAUGAACCCUAUGCUGCCUGUAGUUCAUUUUGAACCACAACAAAACUACGAGCCAAUCCAAACACUCUACCACUCCCCACUCUACAAGACAGGAGCGCGGGCAGGAACACUUUCAACUACAGGCCAUUCCACCAACUUCGUGGUGACCGUCCUCUUACCCUCCAAGCGGCCCAAUGACUACUGGAUCUCCAAGGGAUCCGCGUUGCUCUGCCAGCUGAGUGAGUGAUGGGGCCGUGCUAAUCCAGAG